CUCCCAGAGUCCCGCCGCGGCCGUUCGGCUGAGGAGCUGCGCGGAGCUGAGUGUAAACAUGGCGGUCGGGAGACAGACAAAGACGAGUCAGGCUGGGAUGUGAGCGGCGGGGGAGACGCUGGGGGCGAGCUGGGCACGGAGGGCGGGCGUCGUCUUCGUCAGCAUCUCAUCGGGAGCGAGUCAGGCCUGCCGCCCGCUGGGAGCCGAGGCUCGGUGACUAGACAGGUUCUUCUGGUUACUGAGGACGCAAGGGACCAGCAAGUGUUUCCCGAAAGGGCCGCGUAGCCGCUUCCUUGGAUCGGAUCUUCUCUGUCCCCGGCAUGGUGCCCGGCCGUGGCUGGCCUCGCCUAUGAUCCUGCUGAUAUGCGUCCAUCUGCAGACGGAAGUGUCCUGAGUCUGCCAGAAACCAUGUCCCAUUAUACGGAUGAACCCAGAUUUACCAUAGAGCAGAUAGACCUGCUCCAGCGCCUCCGACGCACGGGAAUGACCAAACACGAGAUCCUUCACGCCCUGGAGACGUUGGAGCGCCUGGACCAAGAACACAGCGAUAAGUUUGGAAGACGAACCACCUACGGGAGCAACACCUACAGCAACAGCACCAACACCAUCCCCGCCACGUCCUCCACCGCCUCAACACAGACCCUCCACUGCGGCAUGUCCCCGUCCCCCAGCAACAGCUGUGACACGUCCCCGCAGCCCUGCACUACCAACCAGAACGGGAGAGAGAGCAGCGAGAGGCUUCCGACCUCCAACGGCAAACUGUCCCCAACACGCUACCACACCAACAGCAUCGGCCCCAGGUCGUACAGCUUCGAGGCUUCCGAGGAGGAUCUGGACAUAGACGACAAGGUGGAGGAGCUCAUGAGGAGGGACAGCAGUGUCAUCAAGGAAGAGAUUAAGGCUUUCCUGGCGAACCGGAGAAUAUCCCAAGCAGUGGUCGCCCAAGUAACAGGUAUCAGCCAGAGCAGGAUCUCUCACUGGCUGCUCCAGCAAGGAUCCGACCUGAGCGAACAGAAGAAACGAGCGUUUUACCGAUGGUACCAGCUGGAGAAGACAAGUCCAGGUGCAACGCUGAGCAUGAGGCCAGCACCCAUCCCCAUAGACGACACCGAGUGGAGGCAGACCCCGCCCCCCGUCACCGCCACCUCCGGGACCUUCAGGUUACGACGGGGAAGUCGUUUCACGUGGAGAAAGGAAUGUCUGGCCGUCAUGGAGAGCUAUUUUAAUGAAAACCAGUAUCCGGAUGAGGCCAAGAGAGAGGAGAUCGCAAAUGCGUGCAACGCGGUUAUACAGAAACCAGGCAAGAAGCUCUCCGACCUGGAGCGUGUCACCUCCUUGAAAGUGUACAACUGGUUCGCCAACAGGCGGAAGGAGAUUAAGAGAAGAGCCAAUAUCGAAGCAGCAAUCCUGGAGAGUCAUGGCAUCGAUGUACAAAGCCCUGGAGGUCACUCGAACAGCGACGACGUAGAUGGAAACGACUAUUCCGAACAGGAUGACAGCACCAGUCAUAGCGAUCACCAGGACCCCAUCUCCCUAGCUGUGGAAAUGGCCGCCGUCAAUCACACCAUCCUGGCACUGGCCCGUCAAGGCACCGGAGAGAUCAAGACAGAAGCGCUGGACGAUGACUGAUACAUAAAAAAAAAAACAGCGGGAAGGGUCAAGAAACAUUAAAAAAGAAAAAAAAUGUACUUUAGAUUUUAGAAGUAGCACCUGAGCAAUCUUUCCUCAGUCCUUAAUAUGUGUUCCUAUUAUCAGUAUAACUGCAGUCUCUCUCUUGUACGUUGAGUUAGCUGGUAGGGUCUCGUCCUGUGAAGAUGGCAUGGUGCCCAUAACCGUCGCGUCUGCUUUCUCAGUAUUAAGUCCAGCCAUAACCAUACCCCACCCCAUGCCCCCCCAGGUCUAGAACACUUUACUCGGUUCUGGCAUUCCAGUUUACAAGUGCUUCCAGUCAUCCCCACCUCCCCUUUCCCGUCUGUGUCCGUCACUUCGCUCUACGCACUUUUUAAAUAAUUUUUUUCAUUUAAAUUUUUGAAAAGACUUUUCUCCAAAGUAGGGAGCAUUUGAAGAAGUUGUGAUGGCACAGUCCUACACCGUACAAUGCAGCCUUACUCAGCUCCUCUUCAUCCUUCGUUGAGUGUUAUUUAAUAACCGUUUGUGCCAGUAAGGGGCAUGAAAGCAGAGGUAUUUAUUAGUAUUAUAUUUUUUUACCUAUAGGUUGUUUUCUUUUCAGCAACCAGAUUCGCUUUCCAAACCUGUCCUAUGUAUAUUGUUUGCAAAAACACUAAAAAUUGAGCGGAAGCCGGAGAUGUGUAAAAAGGGAACUGUAAAUGUCAUGACAAAACAAAAAAAAAAUCUCUGAUUGUGGUGUGAACAGGAAAUACUCUCAUCCCCAAUGUCAGAUUUAUGUCUUUACUUUACCCACGUUUCGACUCUGUAUUUCGGCACUAGUUGCCGCAGCAGCUACCUGAUCUGCUCUGUGUCCAGACUGUGGAGGGAGCAGCCCUCUCUGCCUCUCACAGCAGGAACUCUCAGCAUAAUCGUAGAAUUACUUCCAGCCAGUAUCAGGCACAGAGAUAAUCGCCUCCUACACUAAAUAAGCUUUGCCAAUUGACGAUUUGGGAUUUUGAUGGCGACGUGGACGUCAGUGCACUAAAAUUUUAUGUUGAAAUCAUUGCUGCUUUUUUUUUUUUUUUAAGCAUAUAUCAAUUUGCUCACUAUUUUUUAGGCUUUGGACUUUGCCUUUAAGAAUACCAGACUGAUUUUUACUAAUGAAUUAAUGAAUGCACUUUUACUUGCUAUUACUGAGAGCUUUUUGAUGUGAUUUUUUAAUUUUUAUUUUUUUGGUGUCUUUUCUGUAAGUACUGAACGUAUGGCAAUUCUGAGCUCCUUGUUUUAAAGCACCGAAGUACGGCCUACUAACCCCAGUUUUUCCGGAUACUCAAGUUCUAAAUGCAUGAUCAUUUCUGGUGCUGCAGAUGACUUCCUGUGUGGGUGACUACCAGGUCUGUACCGUGGUCACCUGUAGUUCUGUGCAGCACAAUGGGCCUGCCUAUAUGUUGUAGACAAAGCUGCUUGAUGGUGCUGAUUCAUAAGCUGGAAGGAAAGGUACUGUAGAAGUGUGUGGGGGGGGGGGGGCGGGGGGUUUACCAAAUAUUUCAAAAAUCCUAUAGAUCAAAAAACACUACAAAAAUUUAAAGGGACAUGUCGGGCAUGCUUCCCUACAUCUAGAAGAUCAUAGCCCACCCCCGGAGUGGCUUGUAUGUCUUCCCCAGACCUUCCAUAGUGAGACCUGUCCUGUUAUAUACAAUAUGAACAUCUAUUCCCUUUACUACAUGUAAUCGGACACUUGAUUUAAUCGUCCCCUACCACCCUGCAGAUUUGUUGCCGUGUCCUCCACCCUCUGACAACUUUGCACUUCAAUCCCCUUUACUCUACGGUUUGAGCUCCUUGGUGCUUGACUUGAACCAAUUAUUGUCCCAGUAUUCAGCCACCUGUCCAGGUUUAUAAUCUCGUCCAUAGGGGGGAGGGCAGAAUUAUAGCAGUUGCUUUCUUGCCCAUAGGGGGCGGUAUUAUAAUGGUUGUAUUCAGUAUUAUAGUAGGUAUUAUGUGGUUAUUUUAUUUUGUUGGGAUGUUGCGGUUGUUUCCCUCCACCCAAUUCCAAUGGAUCAGGGAUUUGUUGGUUUUCCAAACGGUCUCACAUCGGCAGACGCCUGAAGACUAGUCUGGGGUUCAACGUUCUUUCUGUAUUACAAUGGACCUCAACUUUGGUGAGCCCCUGCCAUAGGGUCAGAGACCAUGGUCUUUUUUACAGGUUUGGGAGAUGAUGGUCUUCACGUGCAUGCAGCAUUCGGCUGAGUAUUAUGACCUGUAGUGGAGGGCGUCACUAGGGCUGCCUUCACACGCUGCAGAUUGUGUUGCAGAAAUUCAUAUGCUUGCCGUCAAGGUGAAUGGAACUAAUUUUCAGUCACAGAAAUUUCUGCAACAAAACCUGCCAUGUGUGAAGCCUCCUCCCCUAAGAACAUAGCCAGCAACAUAUCCAACAACCUAAAAUAGUUUCUACGAGCAAAAGAAGAACACUAAACCGGAGGUGGUACUUCAGGGCUCCAUACAGGUUCCGAUGUCUGUCCAACUGGGAUAUAUUUCCCGUGCAUUAUGGUGCAGCCACCUCCUUUGGUGAACCAUGUAUAGUUGCAGGUCUCCUGAUGGAAGAGAUCCAAGACCACAGGACGGGCUGCUGCAGGGAUCUCAGAUUCCCAGCCGUUUUCCUGAGCUUCUGUCAGCAGAACACAGAAUGCUCCUUUGACUCUAACAUUUGGAAGUGACUUUGAGCAUGCAUGAUUUUUUUUGUUUGUUUUAAUGUGUUUUUAGAAAAAUUUUCUGGUAGCAUCCAGUGAUCUACGUUGAUAAAAGCUUAAUAAGCUGACUGUUAAAAACUUGCAUUUAUUAACAGCAGGUCAUAUACAUGAUAGAUAUAUAUAUACACACACACAGUCUAUUAAUUGAGGAGCAAUAAUACCUUUUUGUUUUUUCAUUUUCGUCCCAAAACAUUUCUUUUUUGCAGUGCAAGACCCAGUGUGAUAGCGUUGUAAGAUUUCUGCUCUGAAUCCCCCAAUUAUUACCCCAGCUAAUUAGCCCUUUUGUGAUGUAUUUUUAUUUUUGAAUUAACUUUAUUUUUUUUUUAAACAAAUUUAGAUUUUGGAAUUUUUAUUUAUUUUUUAAUCUUACGUUGUUCGGUAAUUGAAAACUGUGUAUUUCAUCUUCAUUACCGUCCUGUGACGACUUCACGGGAAUAUCGUGUACAGUAAUUUUAAUUUUAUUUUUUUGCGCUGUAUAUACAGAUUCAUUUCUAUAGCUUUUUCCAGAUAUAUUGUCAAUAGCAGAUAUUUAAUUUGUUUUAGAUUUUUGUAUAUAUAAAUGAGUUUUGUCAAGGUUGCCAAGGUGCGUUAUCGGGUGCCUUACUACAUAGAAGACGGAGUUUGAGUUGCAGUAAAAUAUUAUUUUUUUUAAAAUUUAUUUGUUUUUUGUCCAUUUGAGCGCACUAUUUGUGUUCACCUUAAAAUGGUGAUUACCACCACCACUCCCCAAACCCCCCCCCCCCCCCCCCCCCCAAAAAAAAAUUCCGGGAGUCCGACCCACACCGAUGUGAUAUUGAUGACCUAUCCCUGGGGAUAGGCCAUUCAAUAUAGGAAACUGGCCAGCCCCUUUAAGCCGUACAUUCCUUGGUCCUGGUCCAGUUGGCGGUUUUUGUGAUGGGUAGCACCUUUUAGUUUGCUUCUUUGUCUUCUGCAAAUGUGGGCUAACAAAAAGUUAUGAACUUUUCAUGGACACUUAAUAAUGAGAGAAGAAAAUGGCACAUAUUUUAAUGGAAAAAGAUAGUUAAACCCAAUUUCCCCCACCUUCCAUCAGCCAUAACAUUUUUUCAGUGGGACGGCACCGGUUUAUAGAACUUGGUAUUCACCAUAGCCCUGAGCCGAGUGCUUCCUGGUCCCGGGAAAAACAUUGGGGCCGUUUUUUAUUCCUUGAGAGAUGAAAACCAGUGUCUGAUGUGACCUGCAAAUGAAUCAAAGCAAUGUCAAAGACUCGGACUGAUGAGGACAGCCCCAAGAAUGGUCAUCCUAUCUAGAGACCAUCUCCCAAAAAGUUUCCUAAACGGAGGACUCUAAUAUCUCAAAAUAUCCAUCUUGGUGGAUAAAAUAUAAAAAAUCCGCUAUCCCAGAAGUCACUUUGGAUCUAACUGUAUCGCUGAUAAACGGUAGAAUUUAUAGUCGGCAGCUUUCAUGGUUGUGAAACUCAGACAUUACUUACCGGGUCCAUCGAUGAUUAAUCUCCUGGUGAUUCAAUCUCCUAUUAACCAGCUCUCAGCCCGGCCUGAUUUAUGUCACAUUGUGAAUGUUUUUUGUACCUUGGAGCCAUAUAUUACUGAUCUGGUCUUUGGCUCCUGUAUACGGUGAUAUCGGGCUCCUCAGCCUUGUGUCUCUUCACCUCCUGUAUUUUUCAGUAUGUGCCCAUAUAUUAUAUAGUCGGUUGAUAUUAGGGGGUGAAUUUUCAGGACUGAGCUGCUGUGAUGAAGAUAAAUACUCCUGGUAAUGAGUAACAAGCUUUUAACAUUUAUUUUCGUCAUUACUCAACACAAUAAUUUCUUUACUUCGAAUAUUAAAAGUCAGACCACACUGCAGUGAGCGUGUAUGCAUGCUGUAAGGAGCACCAUGGCUCCCUUGACAUCCUGUCUGGGUGACCACCUGUUAAUACAUGGAGCUUACAUGUACUAAAGUGGUCACACAUGUUCUUUCCACCGCAGACUGCUUGAAGAUUGCCUACGUAUAAAACUGUGACUGCUGUGAAGGCGAUGAAGACUUUAUGCAAAUAUGUCCAUGUUGUAGAUGUUGUUGAAUGUGGGAUUUUAUAAAUCAGAAAAAUUCAGCUCCAUGCAAACACAUCCUUGCCAGAGCCAUGCAGCCUGAGGGGACCUGGCCCUACUGUCUUCUAUUUUAGUGAUUGGUGGUGGGGGGUUGUCCCAGCAAUUGGACAUCACUGGCUUUACUUUUUUCAGCCUCCGGUAGAUUGGUGAUGAGUGUUUUUGACUGCAAUACCCCUUUAACCCCACACAUAAGGUAGGGCAAGCUUUAAAGCUGGCCAGAUACCCUAGGGAUGCAAACACAGGCUCCGGACAUGUUCACGCCAGUGUAAUCAAAGGUGGAGGGGCGGACAUUCCUUUGAAAAUACAUAGUCGAAAGUUGGGCACCUUGAAGAGCCUUUUACUUUACAUUAUACCAGAGGCUUGACCCUUCUGUAAUGGUUUAAAGAAGGACGUUUUGUAAGGUCUUUGCUAAAUUAGUGUUGGAUUUGCUGAGAUCCAUGGAGUUGGGUUCCAAGUGGUAGGAGAAGGGUGUUCUUUGAGAUGGGAGGUUUCCUGCUGUUCUAGAAUUAUUAUUUUUUAUUUAUUUUUUGCAAAGAUUCUGUAAUAUUUCCAAGUGGUCACCAUUUCUGUCCUUUUCUGCUAAAUGCUACUCUGAUUUUGGAUUUUCAUAUAAUAGUUCCCACAUGCUUUUCCAAGUAACUGCUGGUUAGAGGGGGGCAGCCCAUGACGCUCCACCUUUUUGUAGCUCUGAUGUGGCCAGGGGGGGGAACCAAUCUGACCCCUCUUCCGUUAUGCAAGUGCCUACAAUUCUAAGUAUGCUUCCUGCCCACUUGGUAAAAUACCUCUGCUCGUGUUGUAUGGUUGGGUCAUUUCUCUCUCUAGAAGCUCGUCCUGAGUCUUACUUGGCUUCUUAUCACACCACAUCCCUGCAUAGAGAUUAUAAACCAGGGUCGACUCGAUUGAUUGGUAUUGGCCCUGGGUUAGAAGACUGGUUGCUGAGGAAGAAUGUAAAGGGGUAUUUUGCCCACUUCAAAUGCACAUUCAUCAGUGUCUGGUAGGUGGUGUCCACUUUGCAGCAAUGGCAAGACCCAUAGUAGCCAGUUCUACUCUACUUCUCAUCAGACGGUUUCUAAUGUCAAACGUAGGUCAAGCUACUUAUCUGACCUUGAUGUCUAUUGUCGGAAUACCACAUUCUAUGGUCAUCGGUUCCCUGUGGUCAGUGAUCAUCCCUAAGCCCAUUUAUCAUAAUAAUUAACCAGAUUUUGAGGUAACUUGACCUCCUUUGGUCCACAGCCCAUUGAUGUGAUGGCUGCUUCUGCUCUACAGGCCACCGAUGACCAUGGACACCUCUAUAUGUUAAUAUUUAUUGUUGUUUCUGUAUCCUUUCCUUGUAAAUGUGCCAUCAAGGGAUGUUCAGUUCACGCAGGACAGAAAGCAAUAUGAUAUACACAGCGCUCAGUCUACAGGGUGGUUUCUUAGUACCCGAGAUUCCAAAAUAGGUGCAAAAACUAACUUGUAAUGUAUGAUGAAAGGGAUCUUCUAAACCUCGAAUGGUCAACGUGGUGACCAUAGUGGUCCUCUGCAAUACUUGAAAGAACCUAUUCCUCCAUAAACCCAUUCUGUGCAGUUUCUUGUCUUCUACUUCCAGCCUCAUUUCUGAGGCACGAGGAACAGUGUUACAGGUUAGUGAGGUCGCCCAUAGGCAAGUCUGUAGCCAAAGAGGCUUCACCGAAAUGAUUCGAAUACACCUGGUCAUGUCUCAUGAUUCCCCGUAGGUCGUGUUGGAAAGUGAUCCGGGACCAGGUCAACAAGGAGAACAUUGGGUUAUUAGUCGUGUUCGUGAAAACUCUCAAAAAUCUUGGGAGAUGUCCCAUUGACUAGAACUUCUUAAUAAUAUUCAAGCCUCUGGUUUACCACCACCAUAGUCCACCUCUUGUACAUACUCCCCUUCUCCCCGUUUCUCACAUAUUAGACACAUCACAUACAGGAAUGUACGUUACGUCCCAACGGCAAAGCGACCCUUCCCAGAAAACCUAACUUCUCCCUCUGCAAACUGGAUGCUGCUUUAUGCAAAACACUUGUCUGAAAGCUACAAAAAGACAACUCCUGAGUAAAAAAAAUAAUAAUAAAAACUAAAUAAAAAGCUAAGCUGAAUUUAUAAGCCUUGUUGCAUAUGAGCCAAAAGUGCAAAAAGCUCUAUUUACAACCUAUCCUGCCACUCAUUAUAAAUAUAAAUAUAUAUAUAUGAAUAUAUUAAGAUCACACUGUUCUACAAAAUUGUGUAUUUGUAUUUUUGUGUACGUACAAUUUUCUGCUAAGCAGAAGGAGGUUGUAGUAUAGGAUGAGCGUCAAAAAUUUAAAUAAGGCUUUUUUUUGUUUGUCUUUUAAUUUACAUUUUAUUUUUUUAAUGUUUUUCUUUUACAUUUUCUCUUUGUCACUUGUGUUCUCUAAUCCCAUUGCUGCCCAAAAAAAAAAAGCUAAAAGGCCGAUAGGUCUACAGAGCAGCAUCGGGGGGGUUAGAUACAGUAUCAAACUGCCUGUCUCGUCUUAUGUGUAUAACACUGUUUUCCAAGGUGCAGUACCUCUCUCCUUUAAUAGAGGGCGCUGGUUAAAAGUAUUUACGUAAGGAAUCGGGAACUCAAUGUGGUGGACUUCAUAGAGUCAAGGGCCGUAUUUCACCAUCAUGAGCCAACUUUUGAUUAAAUUCUGAUCCAGAAUCUGGUUUGGGGGGGGGUCUUCUACAAAAUUACACCCAAUGUUUUUGUAAUUGAAAACCCCCUAAAAAUUGUUUUCUCUGUCCCCAUAAAUCACUUUUUCGCCCCCUACCUCGAAGACCUUUUGUAGGAGAUAGAAGACCUCAUUUCAUAGCCUUGACUAAUUGAUGACUUUGUCUCAUCCCAGAUGUCAUGAGGGAUCAGCGUGUUGCCCCUUCUUCAAAUUAGGUGUCUUUUUAGGCACCAUUGAAUUGGGGGUAACCCCUUAAAGGUGCAGACCUGUUGGUGAAUCUUCAAAUCAAAGACCCCAUUUUGUUUGUCAAGAAAAUUAAGCUGGUCAUACACAAUUGACUUGGGUCGGCGGCAGUGGAUGACAGCAUAUGUCGAUGUAGAAAGGAUCAGACAUGUUGAAGUGCAAUAUGCCCGAUCCUUUGUUCUCAGGGAGAUAAGCCGUUGCCAGGGAUGUCUGGCCUCGGCUUACUCCCCUCUCCCCAUUUAGGUCACAUGCAUAUUUGACUGAACUGAGCAUGCAUGUGUACAAGAAGGUCGAUAGGAAUAGCUUUCGGUUAAACGAUCCCACCGCUAUGGAAUGUAUGGCCCUCUUUAGACUCAGCCCAGUUAUACGAAUAUUUUUUACCUAGAAAAAUCCUGCCAAAAAGUGUUGAAUGGAGACCAGAAAAAACAAAGCACUUUUUGGUGUGCAGUGCCCUCGUCAGGAGAGAAAUACUGCAUCCCCUCGGGUAGGGCUCUCAAAUAUAAUGUGUGUAGAGAAUAAAUCCUUGUUUCUAUAUGUUGGACAGAAAAAAUAAGAAACAAGCACCUAUUGUAUUCAAGAAGAUAGUGAAGCCGAGUCCUGUAUCAUUGUAUCUCCUAUUCUGGAUUAGUGCCUUUUGGACAGUAGACUGUUCUGUAAUUAACAUGUAGUAUACUGCUUUUUUGUACAGUUUUUUGUUUUACGGAUUUUUUUUAAUUUGUGUUUAUUUUGGUAUUGUACUACUAGGAAAUUAAAAAAGAAAACCUGUAACUGAA